ACCCCAAGCUGGAGUUGAAUUUGAAAGAGACGAGAAAUAUCUAUACGGAUUUCCACUCAGCCCCGAGGCGACCCCUCACUCCGCCCUGUCUCUCCCUCUCCCUCUCCCUCGGAUCUCAAGUUUCCUGUAGGAGGAGAGAGACUCGUGGGAGUUGAUUAGCUAUAGCUGUCGUUUUCGGAAAAUUCAAGCAAGCACGCAACAGCCACUGCAUAAACAGUACUGCAUCCUUAAAACCUUCCGUUUUUUUGUUUUGUUUCCCAUACGCUCGUCUUUCAAAUUGUAUUUCUUGCUAAUUCCCGAAAAACCCAACUCACGCCCGGGAAAAUUUAGCUGAAUUUUAUUUAUUUUCACUGUCUUUCGCUCUCAUGGGUUGUACCGGAUCGUCUCGGGCCAAAGGGGAUGAGAACGCUCAGAAAAUUCGGAAGCCGAAACCUUGGAAGCAUUCUGAACCGAUCACAAGGGCACAAUUAGUGCAGAUGCGUGAUGAAUUUUGGGAUACCGCUCCUCACUAUGGUGGCCAGAAAGGUUUGCAAGAAGGACCCACACUUCAAUCAAUCCCUACUGCAUCAGGCAGUAAAGGGAGUUGGUGGACAUUUUCCAAUGUAUUAGGCAGGAACCUUUCCAGCUGGACCAGAAUGGUCCAAAAGUUAUCUCACUAAUCCUUAGGAAAACAUUUGCUGCUACAGCUAGAUAUAAUGUAAAUACCAUUGCUUGUAUGGCCAUAAAUUGAUCAUUAUAACUCUUGAAUUUUUUUUAUCCUUCUAGAGAAUGCCAUCCAGGGAAAAUAUGAAGCCUGCACAGAAGUAGGACUUGCACACUUAUGCAUGAAGUUUUUUUUUUUUUUUUUUUUUUUCCGACGUUCAUGUAGACCAUGUUUUUAACAUACCAAUCACUGAUGGCUUUGAAUAUAUACUUAAGUUUUUCCUAGUGUUGGAGCACUCAUUUCUGAUAACUUAUUGUAUUUUGAUUCUUGAUGACUGAUGGUUGUUUAAAUACCUUGCACUGUCAGUUCACUUGUCUGUCGGAUUAUU